AUGCGUCAUUUGACUUUGAGAGUAAGAAAUGAGGAAACACCAGCAGUUGGGAUGAAGUUCGACUCGCUUGACCUCGUGCAUACCGGAAUGAUGAAACUCGGAGAGAAAAAGACAGCGGGAAUAAGUAGAUGCAAUUGCAAAGCUAAGAUUGUGGUUGUGAAGACACAUGGGAGCAAGAAGUAUACCAUCUCUCUUUUUGCAGAGGGACACAAUCAUAAAGAUGACACCCUCAGGAAGAAUGCAUUUACUGAGAUCACACCGUCGUAUUUCAGAUUCUACAAAAGUACUUACAAAACAUUGGGUUCGGUUAAUAUCCCCAUUAAUCAGAAGGAGUUUAAGAAAGCCAUGCCAGGUGGCGAACCUAAAACGAUCAUCACAGAUCAAGAUGCGGCAAUGAGCAGAGCGAUUUCAAUAGCCCUCCCCGACUACAUUUCAUCGACUUUGCAUAUGGCACAUCACUCAAAGUUCUCUGUUAAGUUACCACAUUCUGCUUAUAAGGAGUAUUGGGGUGAAUUCCAGAAAGCCAUAUGGGAUACUGACAAUAAGGAUGAGUUUGAUGCAAAAUGGAAUAUUGUGUUUACAAAGGCUGGUUUGACUGACCAUCCAUGGCUAAGUUCAAUGUUUGAUUUAAGGGAAUCUUGGGUUCCAGCCUACGCACGACACUUUUUUGCCGCUGGAAUGUCAAGCAGCCAAAGAGCUGAAUGUUCUCAUGCAUUGUUCAGAAGGGACCAGAUUGAAUAUAUGCCCGAUAAAUACAUUUUGAAGAGGUGGAAGAAAACUGCGAAAUUUGGAUUGGUGUCAGAUGCAAAUGGCAACGAAAUUAAAGACUCUGCAGAUCCUGGUCUUUUAAUAAAGCGGAGUACAAUGUCCCGACUUGCUUCAGAUGUGGUUGAGGAUGCAUUAAUGUGUGAAGAAGGAUGUGAGCUACUGUCAGAGACUCUAAAAAGUUUGCAGGUGAAGUUGAAGUUGUUGAAGGAUGGACCAAGUAAUAACGAAGUUGGAGGGUCCAGCUCUCAAACACAAUAUAUGAAAGACCCUAAGAGUAAGGUGCAAUGGAGGGUCGAAACGAGUAACGGGAGCAAAGGAAAAGGCAAUGAAGCGAGGGAUUAG